UUUAAAACUUUUCUAUAUCAUAAACAUGUCUGAAGCACCUAAAAAACUCUGGGGAGGACGUUUCUCUGGCGCUGUUGAUCCUUUGAUGGAUGCUUUCAACGCUUCUAUUCACUUUGAUAAGCGUAUGUAUGCAGCAGAUUGUAUUGGAUCUAUUGCUUAUGCCAAGGCCCUUGCAAAGAACAAGAUUAUCUCUGACGAAGAACGCGACCAACUUGUUGGUGGAUUAGAGUCUGUGAUGGCAGAAUGGGAAAGUGGUAAAUUUGUGAUUGUGGGUGGUGAUGAGGAUAUUCACACUGCUAAUGAACGUCGCCUUGGUGAAUUGGUGGGUUCUGUUGCUGGUAAGCUUCACACCGGUCGUUCUCGUAACGAUCAAGUUGCCACUGAUAUGCGUCUUUGGUUGCGUGAUGAAGCCAAAAAGAUUUUGGCUCACGUUAAAGAAUUGAUUGCUGUCGCCGUGUCUCGUGCCGAAAAGGAAAUUGAUGUUAUCAUGCCUGGUUAUACCCAUCUUCAACGUGCUCAACCUAUUCGUUGGUCUCAUUUCCUUUUAUCUCAUGCUUGGUUAUGGCAAUCCGAUGCUGAUCGUUUAGAACAAUUAAUCGAUCGUUUCAACGUCUUACCUUUGGGUUCCGGUGCUCUUGCCGGUCACGCUUUCAACAUUGACCGUGAUUUCUUGGCCAAGGAAUUAGGUUUCCGUGAUUAUAUUCAUAACUCUCUUUAUGCUGUCAGUGAUCGUGAUUUCGUUGCUGAAUUCCUCUUCUGGGCCAGUUUAACCAUGGUUCAUAUCUCUCGUGUUGCUGAGGAUUUGAUCAUUUACUCUACUGGUGAAUUUGCCUUUGUCAAGUUAGCUGAUGCUUAUAGUACCGGUUCUAGUUUGAUGCCUCAAAAGAAGAACCCCGAUAGUUUGGAAUUAUUACGUGGUAAAUCAGGUCGUGUUUUCGGUAGUAUGUCUGGUUUCAUGAUGUCCUAUAAGGGUAUUCCCAGUACUUACAACAAGGAUCUUCAAGAAGAUAAGGAACCCAUGUUUGAUGCUGCUGAUACUUUGUCCGGUUCUCUCCAAAUUACUGCUGGUGUUUUAAGUACCAUGAAUAUCUUCCCUGAAAAAAUGAAGGCCAGUUUAAGUGCUGAUAUGUUGGCUACUGAUUUAGCUGAAUACCUUGUCCGUAAGGGUGUUCCAUUCCGUGAGACUCAUCAUAUCUCUGGUGCCGCUGUCAAGAUGGCUGAAGACCGUAACGGAUCUCUCAGUGAUUUGACUGUAGAAGAUCUCAAGACCCUUCAUCCUUCUUUCGAAGAAGAUGUUUCCAAGGUCUGGAGUUUCGAAACCAGUAUUGAAAACCGUAACACUCCUGGUGGAACUGCCAAGUCUUCCGUUUUGGAACAAAUUAGUCUUUUAAAGACCUGGUUAUCAAAGAAGAACUAAAUAUUCUUUCUCUGAUAAAUGUGUAUAAAUUAACAAAUAAAAAAACAACUUUGUAU